AUGAGUCGCACGAGCAUCAGCACCAAAGAUCCGUCGACAAAAAUAGAAGGCGAUUGCCAUGUUUAUCGCACAUCAGAAUCAAAUAAAGACAGCCGAAAUUUGGACUUUGCUUUACGAAACGGACUAGCCGGUGGCGUCGCAGGUUGCGCUGCUAAAACUAUUGUCGCCCCAUUAGAGAGGGUCAGGAUCCUCUUUCAGACCUCCCAUUCCCAUUUUACGCAAUAUUCGACCCGCUGGGAUGGGUUAAUUAAGGCCGCUAGACACAUUCAAACGUCAUAUGGUAUAUCAGCACUUUUCAAAGGUCACUCGGCAAGCCUGGUCCGGGUUUUCCCAUACGCCGGUAUCAACUUUCUCGCAUACGAACAAUUCCGGGUAGCAAUUAUCGCAUCGGGAGCCCCGAGGAAAGAAGCACCAUGGCGUCGAUUUUUGUGCGGAAGUAUGGCCGGUGCGACCGCGACCUUGGUGACAUAUCCUCUUGAGUUGAUCCGUACACGGCUUGCUUUCGAAACAGUCCAAAAGAAUCCCUCCUCCUGGCUUGGUAUUUCUCGGAAAAUUUACUUUGAGGGAGGUCGUGGAAGCUUCUCAAAUCUCUACCGAGGAAUUGCCCCGACUAUGCUAGGCAUACUUCCUUAUGCUGGCACAUCAUUCCUCACCCAUGAUCUACUUAGAGAGUGGCUUCGCACACCUGCCCUUGCACCUUAUACUCUAGAAGCACAAGCACAAUCUUCCACUCGACUGACUGCAGUUGCGCAGCUUUCCUGUGGAGCAGUCGCUGGCAUAUUCGCUCAAACUAUUUCUUACCCAAUUGAUAUCAUUCGGCGCCGAAUGCAAGUGGAAGGUGUGGGUGAUACCAAAUCGAGCAUCCUGAAGACAGCCCGACGUAUUUUUCUGGAGAGAGGAGUGAGAGGUUUUUAUGUUGGGCUGACUAUUGGUUAUGUGAAAAUGGCUCCCAUGGUAGCGACAAGCUUCUAUGUAUAUGAUCGGAUGAAGCGAUUUUUGGGUCUUAUUGAGUAG